UUUUUCCAAACCCAUGAAAAUGCAUAUAGAAAUCUUUAAUUUUCACGCCUCUUCUAUCUCUUCCAAUCUCCGGCUCUUUAAUGUCGCCGGCCGCCGCCAAACUCCCAACCCUUGUCUCCUUGUCGGAGUGACCCACCACCGCUGGUCACUCGGCUCCACGAUUCUUACGAGCCACGGUUUACCCCAAAGAAACGAGCAGGUUGAAGGCUUGAAGGACAUCUCGCCGCUGAUUGAAAGAGCACCUGCGCUGGUUGCUCUCCGUUGUGGACCUCGUCGUCUCUAACUCCAUUGCAGAUUUGCAGGUGAAGCUUGUGUAGUUUGUCAUGGUGAAUGCGACCAGAGGACUCUUCAUUUCCUGCGACAUACCCAUGGCGCAGUUCAUCAUCAGUAUGAACAAUUCCAAGCCAUCGAACCAGAAAUUCAUAAUACAUGUCCUUGAUGAUACUCACCUGUUUGUGCAGUCUCAUGCAUCUGAAAUGAUAAGGAUUGCCAUUGCUGAAUUCAGAGAGACAAAUACUUAUGAAAAACCUCCUUGAUACAACUCGUUAUUCUAACCCUUUGUGAUAUUUUCAAUUUUUAAUAAAUAGAUUGUACUCGUGCUAAUGCAACGUAGUAUAUUUUUAAUUUUAGGCAUUGUAUUCUGUUUCAGAAAUUUUAUAUUAGGAUUAAUAUAUGGAGUAAAUUUAUUUA